GAGAGAGAAAAGAGAGAGAGAGAGAAAUGAAAUGAAGUCUCAAGUGUGAAGUGAGAGAGAUGGAAACUGCUAUGAAUAUGGGAUCUAAGACUCAGGCUCAGCUUCAUCACCAUUCUCUUUGAUUCUCUUCUUCUUCUUCAAUCUUCAAUCUUCAAUCUUCAAUCUUCAGUAUUACGUUUAAUUCUACUUCAGCAAUCUGGUACUGUUUCUUAUAUAGUUGCCUCUUUUGGGCUGCUUUGAAAAAGCCUGAUGGGUUCAAGAUUCCCAUCUCAUCAGCUCAGCAAUGGCCUGUAUGUGUCAGGCCGGCCUGAACAGCCAAAAGAAAGGACUCCGACAAUGAGCUCAGUUGCCAUGCCCUACACUGGUGGUGACAUCAAGAAGUCAGGAGAAUUAGGGAAAAUGUUUGAUAUUCCCAUGGAUGGCUCUAAAUCUAGAAAAUCAGGUCCAUUGAAUAGUGCUCCUUCAAGGACUGGAUCAUUUGCAGGUGCUUCUUCACACUCUGGACCUAUCAUGCAAAAUGCAGCAGCUCGUUCAGUUUAUGUUACAGGAGGUAAUGUAUCUGCUGGAGGCAUGUCUGCUUCAGCCUCAAUGAAAAAGACCAACUCUGGUCCAUUGAAUAAACAUGGGGAACCCGUCAAGAAGUCAUCUGGCCCUCAAUCCGGUGGAGUUACACGGCAAAACUCUGGUUCAAUUCCUCCAGUUCUUCCUACUACUGGUCUUAUUACUUCUGGCCCUCUAAAUUCAUCAGGGGCUCCAAGGAAGGUGUCUGGUCCAUUAGAGUCUACAGGAUCAAUGAAAUCACAUAGUUCCUCUGUAGCUCACAAUCCAGCUGUGACCACUCUUAGCCUAGAUGAUGAAUAUUCCUUCAGGAGGAACUUCCCGAAGCCAAUAUUGUGGUCUGUGAUUCUGAUUUUUAUCAUGGGAUUCAUUGCUGGCGGUUUUAUUCUUGGAGCUGUUCACAAUGCCAUUCUCCUCAUUGUUGUAGUAGUUAUAUUUAGUGCGGUUGCUGCAUUAUUCACUUGGAAUAGUUGUUGUGGAAGAAAAGCCAUUGCUGGUUUCAUUUCGCAUUAUCCAGAUGCAGAGCUUAGAACUGCCAAGAAUGGGCAAUUUGUGAAGGUUUCUGGGGUGGUUACCUGCGGUAAUGUUCCACUAGAGUCCUCCUUUCAAAAAGUUCCUAGAUGUGUAUAUACAUCCACAAGCUUGUAUGAAUAUCGAGGAUGGGAUUCAAAAGCAGCCAACCCAAAACAUCGCCGCUUUACAUGGGGACUUAGAUCGGCUGAGAGGCAUGUGGUGGACUUUUACAUCUCUGAUUUCCAAUCUGGAUUGAGAGCAUUGGUUAAAACAGGCUACGGUGCAAGAGUGACUUCUUAUGUUGAUGAUUCCAUUAUAAUUGAUGUCAAUCCAGCCAAUAAAGAUAUGUCCCCUGAUUUUCUUCGAUGGUUGGGAGAGAGAAACCUUUCUAGCGAUGAUCGUAUAAUGCAAUUAAAAGAAGGGUACAUCAAAGAAGGUAGCACGGUUAGCAUAAUGGGAGUUGUUCAAAGAAAUGACAACGUGCUUAUGAUUGUCCCUCCACCAGAGCCUUUGACUACUGGAUGCCAAUGGACCAAAUGUAUAUUUCCAGCUAGCCUUGAGGGUAUUGUUUUGAGAUGUGAAGAUACGUCAAAGAUUGAUGUCAUUCCGGUCUAGUUAUCCUCCUUGGUAACCUCUUAGUUAUUUUCUCUUAAGAAACAUGUCUUCCCAUAUCAAAAAUUGAGGUUGUUGGUGGUUGUUUGUAUUUUGUAAGCAUACGUGUUGUUGGUAAGUUUGAUGAUUCUGCCAUUGACACCGGCGAUUUAAUUUUUUUUUUUUUUUCUCUUGUUCCACACUCAAAUCCUAGUUUGUUGUAUAGCUAAUGGAAAAUCUUAUUCGUUUAUUUUUCCUAAGGAUUUUAGACUUCAUAAUGUAUGUGGUUUCAUAUAGUGAGAAGUUGUGUAUUCAGAGGGACUUGUUUUAAACU